UCAUGCGGUGCGUUUGCAGGGUUCUGAAGGCGUUGCCCAAAUCUGUAGUUGAUUUACGAACAUUUGUAAUUGUUUUCUUUGUUGUUUUUUUCCUUUGAUCGUAAUCAGAAUUUUCAACAUUGAUUUUUUGUCAAGAAAUGUUACCUGUCAAACAGCCUUUUAUGGAAGUGGAAUGCUACCGUUCAUACAUUGAUGAUCUAUAUUCCAGUAAUAUGGACAAGUGUAUGGAAGCCAUAGUGUGUCUUAAAAACUCAGUUAUUGGAAGUAAUCGACAAAAGAGUUCAGUGCUCUCUCAGGGCGUUGUUCCCAGGCUAAUGCAGUUGUUAGGUGACUGUUCUGUGCCGGUACAAAUGAAAACUGAGGCUACUGUAACAUUAGGUUCCUUAGCCAAGGGUACAGAUCAUCAUGUUCAAUCUUUAAUUGAGCUCGGCAUCGUUCCUCUUUUACUCACUGGUGUCACAAGCAGUGACCAAAAGUAUACAGAGGCCACUUUGAGAUGCUUAAGUACAAUAUUUCAAACUUCAAAUGCCCCUGUAUCUUUGAUAUUUAUGGAUUCUAUUAUAGUCCCAUGCUUACUCAAUCUCACAACACAGAGCGUCACAUGUCAAGUGUGUGUUCCUGCUAUUUUGGCUGCUGCAUGCAAGACUCCAGAGCAACAAGGUUUUCUUAUCCAGGAAGGAGCAGUGCCUGUUCUAGCACAGCUAUUGUGCUCAACACAGUCUUUGGUUCAGAUGAAUGCGUUAACUUGUUUAGCAAGCUUGUGCUACCAAAAUCCAACAGUUGCUGCUUGUGUUGCUCAAGCCAGAUGCCUGGAAAUACAAGAGCCUUGUUUUGUUGAUAAGUCAAUGCCAGAUUUGUUAUUUAUGCUGAUGGCUCAAGAUCGACCAAGUGAGAUGCAGCUAGCUGCUGCAAGAUGUAUUACCUUCUUGCAUCGUGCUGGAGCCUUUAGCGCUGAUGACCCUAAGAUUCUGUACCGCACACUUCCAUGUCUGGUGAGGCUUUGCAAGAAAGAUCGUCCUCCUCUUCAGCGUGCACAGGCAGCUGAAACAUUAGCCUACCUCACAGAAGUUGACAUUGAACUGCAAAGAACUGCAUCUAUAUCAAAUCAUUUGGUCCCAACUUUAUCAGAUCUGUUAAAGUAUCCUAGAGUGCAUGCUGCUUCAAGGUUACCUGUUGCAAUAUUUGAACAGGAACUCAAAAUAGCAGCUGAAUUGCGCCAAGCUGCGUUUCGGGCUUUUGCAUCUUUAGGAGCAAAUGAUGAAGAUAUUAGGAAAAAAAUUAUAGAAACAGAUAACCUUAUGGAACAUAUUGUCAGUGGCUUGCAAGAUCCUAGUGCUAAAGUGCGCUUGGCUGCAAUUCGGUGUUUGCAUUCCCUCUCAAGGUCUGUUCAACAACUAAGGACAACCUUCCAGCGCUCCUUCUGUUCCAAGGAUCAUUCAGUGUGGCGACCCUUGAUGCAGCUCCUUCAGGGAGCAUCUGAUGACAUACUGACUGUUGCUUCCUCUACCCUUUGCAAUUUGUUAUUGGAAUUUUCACCUUCAAAAGAACCCAUCUUAGAAUCUGGGGCUGUCGACAUGCUCUGCGAAUUGACACGAAGGAAAGAUCCGGCUCUUAGACUAAAUGGGAUUUGGGCUCUCAUGAACAUGGCUUUUCAAGCAGAACAGAAAAUAAAAUCACAAAUCUUAAACACUCUUGGAACUGACCAGAUGUUUAGGUUACUUUCUGAUACAGAAGUUGAUGUUCUCAUGAAAACUUUAGGUUUACUACGUAAUUUACUCUCAACCAAAAGUCACAUUGAUUAUAUCAUGAACCUUCAUGGAAACCAAAUUAUGCAAGCAGUAGUUCUCAUUCUUGAGGGAAACCACUCAGCAGAGGUGAAAGAGCAGGCGUUGUGUAUACUUGCAAAUAUUGGAGAUGGAGACUCAGCCAAGGAAUUCAUCAUGUCCAACGAAGAUGUGUUAAAAAAGCUGCAAGACUACAUGGCACACUCAAAUGUGAAGUUGCAAGUUGCUGCAAUAUUUUGUAUUUCAAAUUUAGUUUGGAGAGAAGAAAGUGGAGCUAUUGACCGGCAGGCUAGACUGAAAGAGAUGGGUGUUUACAAGCAAUUACAGCAACUCAUCAUGACAACAGAUACCUUAUUAUUCGAUAAAGUGAAAACAGCCAUGACACAGUUUUCAGAGGCAUGACAAAGAAAGACAAGCUCUUAAAUGUGGCUUUAUGCAGAAUUACAGCUACUGGUACAUUUUGGAACUUUAUUUCAUUUAUGAUAUUUGUCAAGCUCCUUCAGUGUGACUGACCAAUUUACCAACAAUGUUGCGUUUCAUUGGUCAGUCUUUUGUAAAUGUGAGUAAAUACUUAUGGUGAUCGUAGUUGUGAACAAUUUGUUAAGACAUUUUGUACAGUUGUAUAAGCUUUGCAGUUGAUGAGUAGGAGAGAUUUUUUAUAAUGGACUUGUUGAGAAAAUUUUCAGCGUAAGUGUAUUUUUUUGUAAUUUUGAAGAAGGUCCACAGAGUACAAAUGGAAAAAAACUAUGUAAAAAUGUAAAAUAGUUACUGUUUCAUGUUGUUAAAGCUGAAUUUGGUGAACACUAAUUUCAGCCUGUUAUUAAUAUGAUCUUGUUUUAUAUGUAUGUAAUUAAUUAAUCUUGUAUGAAGUAAUAAGUGGGUGCUAGAUCAGAUAAAGUUGGACAGAAAACAGCUUUUUACCUUUUUACUGAGUUAAAUGGUUUUACAAAUUUCUAAAGAACUUUGUGCGAGACCACUUUAGCUAGUUCUCAAAUUUAUCUCUCUAUCAUCUUGUGGAUAGUAAAUGUCCUAUCUACAGGACCCAACUUUGGGAUAUUUAAAAUGAUACAUUUACUCUUGGUUGUGCUUUUUGUCUGCCACAUUUGUAGAUAAUUGUAACAUUUACCUUGUAGUUGAAGCAACCAACUCUUGUCUCUGUACAACAUAUUUAUUCUGUAUUUAGCUAUAAUGCACUAUAUGUAGUGUAUUCCAAACUUGUGAGUGAACUUUAAGCUUACUUGCCUCAUAGACUGAGAUAUAGUAAAACCAUAACUGUCAGAAGAGUUAGAUGUAUUGGAAAAAAGCUGUUUGGAAAUUGACACUCAUGCUUUAGAUGAUAGUAGUACUACAUAUUUUAAACCUGUAUACCUAGGUCAGGAGUCCUCUGCCUUCUGGACUGAUUUUUAUAAUGACAUGUGCCUAAAAUUCGCUUGUGGUUAAAAUACGUCAUUAGCUUCUGAACAUGUUUUUAAAGAUUAGAAUUACUUGAAUACCUCCAGGCUGGUUGAAGAAUGAAAAAGGUAUGUACAUUCACUACCGUUAAAAAAAAUAAUUCUAUGUAUUCCCUUUUUUCAGAAUUUUCUAUCUAAUUAUAACACUGCCGUAAUUUUAUGAUGGAUGAACUAACUUAAAUUCCAGUUCACAGGUCACAAUCUAGUUAAGAACAAAAUGAUUCUUCCUUUUGCAUCAGCUUUCAAAGCUCACGUAGAUUAGAGCACUUUACUCCACAUGAAGCCAAAGAAUUGAGAACAAUCUGUUUAACUUUCGUUAUCUUCAUUGAACACUCAUUUGUGGCAUGAGCAAAAUAUCUAUCUGGCUUUAUCUGAAAGUUUCAAUGCGAUUUCAAGGUGGAGCAGCUUGGAAAGCUGUCUGACAAACUGUGACUACCUGAACUUACUCAUCAUAGCAGUUCUUCUUUGUUACCUAAUAUUAUUUCAAUCAAUUCUUUUGUUGAGUGGUUCAACCAGCUUUACUAGCUUGUCUAUGAGACAAAUCUCAGUGAUAAUAAUUGAGACUUCAAUGGACAGGCUUACCCAAAUAGGACUUUUGUAUCCAGAAUUCAUAGCACAAUGUUUUGUUCUCAGUAGCUGCUACUGUACUCCUUGCCUUUUGGCAAAAAUGUUGCAACUUCUCUUUUUCCCUGUAAUCCUGAAGGUCAGAUCUAAAGCAGCCUUCCUUUUGGCAGAAACUCCUCUUUCUAACUUAUGAUAUUUCUAUAGUGAUGAUGAGUCAUAAGAAAAAAAUACUUAUUGAGUGUAUUUUUUAUGAUAUUUUAUAAUAUGAUAGUUUUUGUAAGCCCUCAGCAAUCAUGUACAGUAGAAAAUUGAAUAAUUUUGUAAUUUAUUUCAUUUGUUUUUUGACAGUUUGGCUGAAAGUAUAAUGCAAUCCCUCUUUUCACACAUUAACUGAUCUUACUGCCACUAUGCCUUUUUGCCUGUCUGUUUAUCAUUUUCGGCAUUUGUUGUGAUAACUGCAGCUGCAUUUUGUGUUUUCAAUGAAAUGCAAUUGAUAAAACUUAAGUCACUAAUAAACUUCCAGGACAAGGAAGCUAACCAGUUCUCA